ACGAGGUUUCCGGUGGCGCAAAGGGUGUCGGGAGCGGCUUCCAGCAAACCUUUCCUGGCUUUUGGAGGGACCACCGUUGCCGCCGCUUCGACUUCCAAGAUCUGCGUUCGGGCUGAACGGCCACGGCGACCGCCACUGCGACUCCCACUGUGCCUGGCUCUGUCCAUAUUCGUUCCCAGGCGGCGGCCGCCGUUUCAGCAGCGGCCGCGGCCGACAUGUUGUGAGGCGGCGGCGCGGUGUCUGAAGGAUGGUUUGGCCGAGGCGGCGGCAACGGCUGCUGGGGGCGGCGGCAGCGGGGGCUCCGGCUCUGUAGAGCCGAGCCCGCUGGGUGUCCGCCCUGUACCGCGGCUAGGCCAGUGCCCUUAGAUCUUCCCUAUUUUCCGGCGCUUUUGGGGACCAGUUAGGCAGCAGCGCCCGCUCCUCUGAGGAGGCAAAAAGGUGGUUCCCCAGCCGCUCAAAUUUCCGGACCACCUUGCUUUCCCUUCCCCAACCUUGGCAGUGCUUGCGCCAGAAUCCUCAGGCCCCCGAAUUUCCUCUCAAACGCUCUAAAUCUCUCACACACUCGGGUGUUCCCGGCUCUCUAGAGCCCUCUCCUCCUCCUUCCUCAAUUUCUGCACCCUCUUCUCCGAGAAACCCCCUCCUCCUGCCGCCCCCGGAUCACUCUCCUAGUGCAGCCUUUUGAGAAAUCACCGUGGAGUAGUGGACCAGAGCCGGGGAGCUUUUAAAAGUCGGGGCACGAGAGACAGGAAGGUACUAUGGCUUCCUCGUCUGGCAACGAUGAUGAUCUCACUAUCCCCAGAGCUGCUAUCAAUAAAAUGAUCAAAGAGACUCUCCCCAAUGUCCGGGUGGCCAACGAUGCCCGAGAGCUGGUGGUGAACUGCUGCACUGAAUUCAUUCACCUUAUAUCUUCUGAAGCCAAUGAGAUUUGCAACAAAUCCGAAAAGAAGACCAUCUCACCAGAGCAUGUCAUUCAAGCACUAGAAAGUUUGGGCUUUGGCUCGUACAUCAGUGAAGUAAAAGAAGUCUUACAAGAAUGCAAGACGGUAGCAUUGAAAAGAAGAAAGGCCAGUUCUCGUUUGGAAAACCUCGGCAUUCCUGAAGAAGAAUUAUUGAGACAGCAACAAGAAUUAUUUGCAAAAGCUAGACAGCAACAAGCAGAAUUGGCCCAACAGGAAUGGCUUCAAAUGCAGCAAGCUGCCCAACAAGCCCAGAUUGCUGCUGCCUCAGCCAGUGCAUCCAAUCAGGCAGGAUCUUCUCAGGAUGAAGAAGAUGAUGAUGAUAUCUGAAAUUCACCAGCUGAGUUUCUAUUUCCUCUAUAAAUGUUUUUCCCUGCACAAAAAAAAAAACAGUGAAAGAAAUGCUUAUCUGUAAUUUUGUAUGCAUCUUGGUGGACUUGCCAUUGGUAUUCUAGGGAUGUCUGCUGUUAAGUUUCAUCUAUUGUGUGUUAUACAUGUAAAACCUGUCUCUUUGAACUAUUGAAAAUUUAAGGUUCAGUGUAAUAUCAAUUUUGGAUUUUUAAUGGUGUUUAUGACAUUUUAGAUAGCAGUGAGUCCUUUAUUUGAUCAAUAAACAGUGUUACAGAAAACUUCAAGUUUAUAAAAAUACAGUGAAAUUUAUACGGAAGCUCUAAA